AUGGAUCAACAGCUUCAACGUGAAAUGACACAGUUGCAAGAAUUGGUGGAAUUACCUUUCCUGGAUCUUCAGGGUUCUAAUCUACCAUUGGCAGCACAAAGCCAGCUAUCGGUGCCAAUAGAGCAGUUACAGCAGCUACAAGAGCCAUCACUGGCUCAGGAAGCUCACUUUAUAUCGAUUUUAAUAGAAAGCCAAUUGCCAAUGGAGCGAAUACAAGCUAAGAAGUGGCAGUCAUCACCAGAACAAGAUCAGCAUGGUCAGGAACAAGUGAUACAUUCCCAUCAAUUUCAGCAGCAGUCAGCGGCAUUCCAUCAGCGAGUGAUGCCGUUUGAUCAGAAGACGCUACCAUUUAAUGAGUUCCAAGGGUUACAGUUUCAGAGACAGAUGGUGCGAAACAAUGUGUUUGAUCAGCAAGUGGUGCCAAGUAGAUCUUUUCAGAGUUUGUCUCAGUUAGAGCAAGAUUCUAGACAGAUCCACUUGGCUGAUGAUUCCGCAGUUGCACAGUAUGUUCAAGACAAAUGGUUGGUUGACAAGAGACAGAUCUGUGUAGAUGGCUACAAUUCUCAAGAAGUUUCUUUGAUGCCCGGGGGGCAAGUUGCUGAUGAUAAAUCUUGUUUAUUGGAUAGUCAUGACUUACAGUUUGAGCGAACUGUCGAACGAUCAGCAAUCAACAAUGAUACGCAUCAAUUUGAAGUGUUCGGUUCUGUGAUGGUUAGUAGAGGUGAUAGAGGCCAGCUUGCGAGAUACCCAUCAUCUAUGCUUAAUGUAAGUGGGUUGGCCGAGAUUGAUGAUAACCAAAGUCAGUUUCAUACAUCCAUGGUGAACAUAGAAGAAAUGUUUGAUGGUUUGAAUAAAGACGUGGAGACUUGUAUGAGGAAAUUUGAUUGUAUGGUGCAACACGUGUCCCAAGUUCCAAUACCAAUUAAAGCUUUAUGUCUUGGUGAUUCCGUAGAUGUUAAUGGAUUUCAAGAGUGUGUUGAUCUACAAAGCGAAUAUGGCGAGUCUACAAGCAGUGAGAAGUUUUCAUCAAUUGAAGGUGGUUUGAAAGAUGUGGAUACGAGUCUUAAUGAUCAUAGUUACAUUCGGCAUUCUGGCCCUUCCCAUCAGGUUUCGAGUUUCUCACCAUUGGAGCACAAAGAACAAUGUUGCUUGAAUUCAGCCAGGGUUGAUUUUGCUGCUAUGAAAUUGUCAUCAAUUGAAGGUAGCUCAAACAACGUGUUUCAAAAGAACGAGUCUUCUGAUGAUAGCAGUGUUCAACAGUCUGGUUUUAUAGCUGACAUAGUCUCAGAUUCUUCAUAUCUCAAUCACCAAGAACGGGGCCGAUUGAUCAUGCUUGAUAGUGAUGAGACUAAAGACACUUCGCCGACAGUUGAUGAAAUGUCAAAGGGGUCAAUCUGCAAUGGUUGGCAGCAUAGGGCAGCCACCGCGAAAGCUUCUGUUUCUUCACAGUUUAGUCAUCAAGAUAAAAGCAGAUUGACGGCACCUGUAUCCACAAAAUUGAUUUGCAAUGAUAGUGAUCCAACUCGGCAGCUUGAUUCAUCGACCGAUUUUGUUUCUCUACGGCUUGAGCAAUUGGGUCAAAGCCAUUUGGAGACAUUGGGUGAGGAACAUGCUAAUAUGGGCAAGAUCGAGCUGCCGGAAGUAGAGAGUUUCCUAAAAAAGGUGGUUGGUGGUAAUAAAAGCCGAGUUCAACAUAUCGAUUCCGGUGGCGAUCGAGUUAAGCAAACGGUAGCUUCUUCGCAAGCCAAAGGAUGCUCCAAUCAUACAUGUAUUUAUGACAAGAGAGGCUCCAUGGGGUCCAACUACAAAAGGCGUAUAAUGGCAAAAAAGGAUGAUGAUGUGAAGCCGAAGGUUGAUGAGAAUAGAGAGGACAAUGAAGAUAAUCGUUGCAGAAUGAUGAAGCAGAGAUAA